UUGAACCAGAAAGAGAUCCAGACUCCAGAAUUUCUUCCAUCGAUUUCUUCUUUUUCUUUAGCUUCCCAAACAAGGCGAGCCAAAGUUUUGCUUUCCCCCCUAUUUGAGCAAGCUGAUCGUAGACCAUCGUUGCCCGUUAGUGAUAUACUCUCUCCAUGCGGUCGAACUGCUCGUAGACCACACUCUCCCAGUGUUCGAGCUGAUCGUAGAGAAACCUAAAUUAUCUUCGAAGCAGAUACGAGAAGUCGAAGUACUACAGAGAGCUUCAGAUUCGAAGGCCUUGGAAAACUUAGAGCAGAGAAGAAUGGAAACGAAAGGGGAUUUGAUGACGAAUCAAUUAAGGCGAAUUCACAUUAUUUAUUUUCUGAGUCGAAUGGGACGAAUCGAACAUCCUCACCUUAUCAGAGUUCAUCAUCUCAGUCGAAAUGGCGUUUAUCUACGAGAUGUUAAGAGAUGGCUAUCGGAUUUACGAGGAAAAGAUAUGCCAGAUUCGUUUGCUUGGUCUUACAAGAGGAGGUAUAAGGCAGGUUAUGUUUGGCAAGAUUUGGUAGACGAAGACCUAAUCACUCCAAUAUCUGAUAACGAAUUCGUUCUUAAAGGAUCUGAAAUCUCCUCUGUUCCAUUGGAUGCUUGUUCUUGCGGUGAAAAGAAAGCUUCAACAGAAAAACCAGACACCAUUGAAGACGAACUCCAGAGAUCCCCGGAUAGGAAGGUGGAGUUGACACCAAAAAUCUCCGAAAUCGAACUCGACGACAAAUCAUCAGAACCGCUAGACUCAGAGAGAUCACCAAUGACAGACGAAUCAAUGAAAUCGAAUAUGAGCAGGCCCGAGAAAGUAGAGAACAAAAGUGAAAAGAAGAAUAAGAAGAGUACAGAGAAGAAAAAGCCACCAUUGACGAGUUCUGCUUCGUCUCCCAAGAGUAAGAGCUAUUCUAGCGGAGCUUCCCAGGUGUUUCGGAAUAUACUCACAUGUGGUGCAGUCGAUACCAACGAUUCUGCAUUAACGAUGAUCAAUCGGGUUCAAAGAACUUCGAAGAAUAAUCCACCAGAGACGAUUGGUGGGUCUGAGAGGAUCUUCGGUAGUGAUUUUAACCAACAACCACAUCAACAGAAUUCCAGGAAAAGCUCUAAUGGAAUGAAGAACUCAAAGAACACCAAUGAAAAAAAGAAGGUUUCUGCUCCUUGUAAGCCAAUUGCCGAGCCCAUUUGCUCACAAUGUGGAAAGCGGUUCAAGCCAGAGAAAUUGCACUCUCAUAUGAAGUCCUGUAGAGGCAUGAAAAGCUUAAACAAGUCUGGUGGUAGUGGUGGUGGUGGUGCUUCUGCUGCUACAAUUGUCCUUGAGAAGACGUCAUCACAGAGAUCAACAGAAUCUUCAUCCAAGGAUGUGUCAUCAACUUAUUUCUUGACCCGCUAAUAAAAUAUAUUUCUAUUCAUUUAGUUGUCUUUGUUUUUAAUUUUCAUAUUUCUUGGGGAGAUUUUUGUCACUCUCCUAAACUUAACUUAUAUUUAUUCAAAUUCUUUUAAAGCAAAUUUUUACUUCC